AUGUACUCCAAUGCCAUGGCGGUGAUCUAUGCACGGCAAUGGCAGGACACCAUCAUCAAGUUUCGCCAAGACUACCCGGAGCGAGACGUACCCAUGCAGGGUAUACACACAAACAACUUCACCGAGAGCUAUCACCGAGUCUUGAAAUACAACUUCCUCAGCCGCCACACUCUUCGCCGACCCGAUGACCUGUUCCAAACCUUGGCUGAUAACGCAGAGCCUGAUUUCCGUCAGAGCGUACUCACCACAACCCUAGGUUUCAGGCCCCAACGGGCGACUAAGUACCAAAACGUAGCCGAAGGACUGCCCGAAACGUACAGCAACAGCGACCUUGUCGACCUUGGCGUGGAGAUUAACAGUCCCCAAGCUAAUAAGUGGACCAUCAGCAGCUUUACGCGGCCUAAAAUGGCAACAUACACAGUCAACACAACACCACCGAAAGACGGGACCGUCGGCUACGUCAAUAACUGCAACUGCACCCAUUUCUUGAGUAACAAAUUGGCAUGUAAGCAUAUGUACGUAAUUGCUCGCCAGAACACAUUCAACAUCCUCGAGACCAACCCAGAAGUUGAUGAUGGAACUUCGCCCUUUGAGUUCCGUCGCAUAGUGGAACCCUUCAACAUUGUGGUCCGCACUCUGACCAACGUCCACAUCGAUUCUCCGCCACCAUCUCCCGUUCUCAAUCCUUACAGGUCCUCUGCGGCACUCGGUCGCACGCCCUCCACAAGCGGCCUCGCCAACGGCAACUACCGGUACGCCCCCAUGGUGCCGGCACCUUUACCUUACCAGUCCAACAUUGCAAACCUCCAACAACCGCAAGAACACACAUUGCACCACACAACCCCUCCAGGUGCUGCGCAACCAAGUAUGGCAAACCCCGUACUACACUGUAACCCCAUGCUCCUCCCUUACACCGGCCGUACUGAUCCUUCCAGCGAUUUGUACAUUGAACACUUGUUCUAUAAUCCUCACCACCUUCAGUCUACACCUCCUCCCCAUUGUGUAGGCCCAUAUGCCGGAAUCGUGCCUCCACAAAACGCCAUGCUGUAUCCAAAUUCACCCUUCAGCAGAGACGCAGCCCGGAACCAUCAGCAUACACAGCAGUUACAGGCUACUUCCCUGGUUAACCUCACAAACAACUCGGCAAUGUUUUGCACCCGUAACCCGCAACACACCACAUCUAGCAGCCCUCAUGCAAUGCCACGCCAGUACUACACCCUCACCAAAAGCGAUGCUGCGGAUCAUGCGCCACCGCCACCGCCACGUACCCGAACAGCGUACCAACUUGACCCUCAGUCACUAUUCCAAGCUCUCAAUCAAUACUCGGCACCGCAUGCUCCACAACCUUCAACCAGCGGCCAACACAUAGAACUUACGCCAGAGAGGACACCUGCACCCGUCACCACUUCUCAACUCGAUGGGCUAUUCGACGAAAUGGACCGCGCCCGGCAACCGCCGGCUCCCCCUAACCGCAGUUACCGCAAACCUUUGUCAACUGGCAAUUCCGCCACGGUGCACCGUCCAUUGGUUCCAGUCCCAGGCGCUACUCGACCUGGAGCGCUGGCCAACGAAACCACAUACAACGGUCUCCCUUUUAGCCAAAACAUGUACGUGUUAAUUCAAUGUUUGCGGCUGCUCACCCUUACUCCAACAGCGCUGCGUUUUACAGGCAACCUCCUACGGCCCAACCAAGCAACUCACACCAUGCUACGCAUAGUACCCACCGUACCGAGAGCAACGAGCGUCGUGUGGCGCACACAACCACUGACUCCACUGUAUCGCACUCAACCAACUCGCACCAUGCAACCACCAGUUCCCAUCAAAUGGAAAGCACCAGGACCCAUCACUCCAUUGACCCUGGGCCCCCUGUCUUAA